AUGAGCUUUUUACAGAUGGGCCCCGGAGAUCUCAUAACAGCUGUUCAAGUCAUCUGGACUGUCUACGAAAGCAUCGCCGGUGGUGCUGCGAAAGACUUUAAUGAUUUCCUCGACGAAUUCCGCUCUAUCAAAGAUAUCCUAGAGAAACUCGAACAGGUCAAGGGCUCCACGUCAAAUGAUGGAGUGGAUUUGGGGGCCUUCUAUGAUCAAACACUCCAGGAAUGUGCCAAGUUUGUGGAUAACCACAAGAAGCUCGCGCAAAGCGAGUCUUCGACCGCGAGCACCUGGCCUCUGGAACGCGAUGAAGCCGAGAAGCUUCGUCGGAAACUGGAGCGCUGUCUGAAAAUCGCAACCCUAAAGUCGACGGAAGAAACCCGAGUGGCGGCCUUGAAAAUUAUCCGGGAAGCAGAGCAUAGUCGAGUUGAGAAUAUGGAAAUGCUCAAAUCAAUCAAGUACGAUGCUCUCAUCGGGGGUUACCAGGUACCUCUUAUGGCUCUGAAGCUGACAUCUUCCAGGACGAUGACCGCGCAGGUCUCCUCUCUUCUGCGGUGGUGUGUCCUUGAAGGCCCUGCAGAGGCCGAUGCCUUGAACUUGAUGCACAAUAUGCCCCAUCUUCACCAUCGAGCGAGACCCGCCCUUCCUGAGCCCGGCCAUGAAUUGCGCAUGAUCCCUGAGGAUGAGGAACUAUUCAUAUUUGAGCGCCAGGGGAGUCUUGAGAUAUUGGAUCGCAUACGAGAGACUUCUGAGCGACUGGAUAACCUAAUGAGGCGACUCAUGCCACACGAAACAUCGAGCCGGAAGAUGGAGCGAUACCAAUCUCCUAGUCGUGCAUACACACUGGAGAGUUUGAGUGAUGGAGCGCCGACGGUUGCCCCCAUGGCAGAACUUCUGCAUCAAGCCAGUGAUAAUGUGCGUGAUGUAUUGGACAUUGUGGGGUAUAAGAAUGAUAUCGUGCCCAGCCAUGACUCUUCUCGGAAAAGCCAGGAGCAGGAUGGCCGUCCCAGUCCUCAAAGAAUCGAUGAGGCUGCCGAAGAAUGGGAACAUCUCCGCCAGUGGCUCGAUUUCCAGUUCCAGCAUACCUUCAAUAUGACGUCCGAUGAUCUUAACUCCUGGCAUAGUAUAUCUAGGGUGCAAUCUUCAUCGUCUUUGCUCCAUUCAUCGCCGGAAGUCGGUUUGCCAGGGAUUUUCCUUUCGCGAAUAUCUACUCGUGAGUCAGAUCUGGAAUCGCAAGUCUCACCUUCACAUGGAACCAACCUGUCCAUACCGGAUCAGAGGGUUCAGCUCACCGAGCACCCGGUGCGAGUGGAGUUUCCUCACCCGGAUGUCGCUCAUCGUUCCGCAUUCCGCAGUUUGACUUGCACCGUGACUGCUGUCUUCAGCGCUCAAACCCAUGAGCCGGAGGCAAUUGAAGCAUUCGAUAUCCAUAGCGGGGUCAAAGUAACUCAGAGGAUUCUGCACCCAUCGCGCCAGGUUGAGAGCUCGAUGCUCCCUUACGUACCGAGCCGGCGUGUAUCCAAAUCCCUUUCCGAUGGUUAUGCGAUCUGGUUCCAGGGAUUACAUAGGACAAAGAUCGAGGAUGAGCAGGGGCUAACGAGAUUGAAGAUGGUACCAAUCUACGGGUGUCAUGACCGCAAGGACUUCCUUGCAUUCCAGAAGACCCUACUCAAGAGGCGAGUAAUCCGCUGUAUUGACGUGAGGACGAUAUCCGUCAGCACGGGAGAAUGCCACUGCAACUCCGCAGAGACCGUGCGGAUCUUGGAGGAUCCAAUCACGAAGAACCAGUCGCUCUUGUAUUUUGCCUCAUAUCCUGGGACUGGUCGAUGCCCAAGAUUUAUCGAUAGGCCGGUUACUGAGUUUGGCAAAUCCCAUGCAAAGUCAAAACACGUGAAACUGCCGUAUAAUACCAUCUCUCGACGCAGUUCUAUAGAAAGUGCAACUAGCGUCCUAUCCCAGGAAUCACGGCAUUCUGUCUCUUCACGACACUCCCUCUCCACGUCGCCGGGAUCAAACUGA